AUGUACCUGAUCACCGUGUUUGGAAACAUGCUCAUAAUCCUAACAGUCAGCUCAGACUCCCACCUCCACACCCCCAUGUACUUCUUCCUCUCCAACCUGUCCUUUGUAGACAUCUGUUUCACCUCCACCACCAUCCCGAAGAUGCUGUGGAACAUCCAGACACAGAGCCAAGUUAUAACUUAUGAAGACUGCAUCGCCCAGAUGUUUUUUUUCAUGCUAUUUGCAGGGUUGGACAUCUUCCUCCUGACAGUGAUGGCCUAUGACCGUUUCGUGGCCAUCUGUCACCCCCUGCAUUACACAGUCAUCAUGAACUCCAAAAUAUGUGGAAUUUUGGUUCUGGUUAGCUGGAUCAUCAUUGUCUCCUUAUUUUAUUGCACAGGCUUAGGAGUGUACCUUAGCUCUGCUGCUACCCACAGCUCACAUUCAACUGCAACAAUAUCAGUGAUGUACAUUGUGGUCACACCCAUGCUGAACCCCUUCAUCUACAGUCUGAGGAACAAAGACAUAAAGAGGGCUCUGAACACUUUCUUUAGAAAAGGGUUACUUGUCUUCCACUGA